UCUGUUUCCUGUACCUCUUGGAGACAGCAUCUGGGCUGUGGUGAUAAUGAAGAGUUGGGCAUUUCUCCUCCUGCUAGUAGAGAUUUCCGGUCUAGCAUCUGGAUCUUUGUAUGGGCCUGCAGAUUCCUGCAAAGGACGAUGUAAUGAAAAAUAUAACCGGGAAGAUGAGUGCCACUGUGACACCAACUGUGAACAAAAUCAGAAUUGCUGUGAAGAUUACCACAUCCACUGCAAAACAGGUACCACAGAUGACAAAGAAAAGGAAGGAUUCUCAUACAGAGGCAAUACUAUAACAGAUGAAGAACUACAAGAAGCAUCAGAGAAGAUUUACCAGACUGACCACAAUAGAGCAGAGGAGUCUGACAUUAUCCUGAACAAGCAAUACUUCACUUCCAAAACAAAUGGGCAUGAAAAUAAUUCCCCAGAUCUGCUCUUCACUUAUGUCAACCAUGAGAAACUCUUCUCAAGGCCAACCUAUGCCAGUUUCAUCAAGCUAUUGGAUAAUUAUCAAGCACAUGUUAGGACAGAGGAGAAAUUCACAAAAGAACAGAUAAAGGAACAAGACAUUUUCCUUCAGGAUAUCAUGAAGACCGAGGUCAUGAAAGAGCUAUAUAAGUUUCUUCACAGCAAAAAUCGUUAUGAUACAGAAGCAGAGUUUGUUGAGGAUCUUAAAAAGAUAUGGUUUGGUCUUUAUUCCAGACGCAAUGAUGUUAAUGAUAAUGACUCCAGUGGUUUUGAACAUGUCUUUGUAGGAGAAAUCAAAAACGGAAAAGUAUCUGGAUUCCACAACUGGAUUCGUUUCUACCUUCUGGAGAAACAGGGUGUUGUUGAUUAUUUCAGCCACAGCUAUGAUGGUCCGUGGACCUCAUAUCCAGAUGUGCUGGGAAUGCAGUUCAGCUUUGAUGGAUUUUACAAAGAGGUUGGAAGUGCUUUUAUUGGAAGCAGUCCUGAAUUUGAAUUCGGACUCUAUUCCCUGUGUUUCAUUGCUCGGCCUGGAAAAGUGUGUCAUCUGAAAAUUGGAGGCCACAAUCUGAAUAUCCAAACUUGGGAGAAAUCCACUGAUGACGAUGGCAAAAAGUAUAUUGCCUCAGCUUACGCGGUUACCCCAUGAGGUUGUGAGGUUAAAAAACAAAAAAACAAAAACCACCCUCCUGAAAGACCCAGAAACAAUCCACAGCACAUCCAAUGUUAAUCUCUGUUCAUGCCAUUUCACAAUCGCUGUAUAUUGUAUGUCUUCUUCGAUCUUUUAAUGUGGUAUUAGUGAUAGCUGGAAUGGGUCAUAGUGAAAAGACUUUACAAAUCUGCACGUCUUUGGCAGACUAUAGUUCAGCCAGAAGGCACAGGUAGCAAGUAACUUUUUUUUCUGGAGAUGACAUGCAUUUCGCAUAAAAUAAAGACAGAAUGGAAAGUGAAAUAAUGUUUGGCUAAAAAAAAA